UCCCAAUGAUUAGCCGACGACAUCCCCAAUCGGACGCCGUCGGCUCUAUUCUAACGCCGAUGCCCGCAGUACGCCAAGCAGACGCCAGCGCCGGUUUGGACGAUUUGUACGGCCAGGUCCCGGGUUCUAGUCCCCCGGGAACGUCAACACCGCGUCGACGAACCCUUCUGGGUCCUCGAUCUGCGGAAUAUGUC